AUGGCAUUCAGUUAUGAACUGUUAUGUAUGACUACACUCGGAGGGUUUAUUAUCUUAUUUGGCUUUUUUGCAUUUAACCUGCUUUCUACUGGUGACCUUUCCAAACCAAAUACUGGUGGUGCACUUGGUCUUAUUGCGGUCAACUGCAUAAUGGCAGCUUCUGGUGGUAGCCUUACUUCUCUCAUAUAUAGACGAUUUAGUGAUAAGGUAAAUCAAAAAUGGAGUCUUGUGUCUGCAAUCAAUGGCUCGUUAGCUGGAUUGGUUUCUAUAAGUGCCUGUGCCAACAGUGUGUAUUCUUAUUGUGCUUUUGUUAUUGGGAUGAUAUCAGGUGUGGUGUACAGCUUUGUAGCAAAGUUGGUGGAAGGUAAACGACUGGAUGAUCCAUUGGAUGCUAUCGCAGUGCAUUUUGGUGGUGGUGUAUGUGGAAUUCUGUGCGUCCCAUUUCUGGAUGCCAAUAUGGGGUUAUUCUAUAAAGGAAACAAAGUAUCCAUGGUGCUACUUGGUUGGAAUUUAUGUGGCCUACUUGUAAUAACUGUAUGGACAUUGAUGUGGGCUUCUCUUAUAUUUGGAAUUAUGUCGUGGCUAAAUAUUCUCCGAGUUACAUCAUAUGACGAAAGAAAAGGUCUUGAUAUCGUAAAACAUGGAGAAAGAGCUUAUCCUUAUCAAGUGAAUAUAGAAGAUAGAUCAUCAUCUCUCACUCUAUGUGAAGCUCUUACUACUAUGUAUAGCGGAAUGCCAACUGCUCGCAAUGUGAAGCACCAGAAUUCAAGUCACAACAAAGUUCAAAAAGCGACAGGAGAUGGAAAUGCUGCAGAUCAAGGUGCUAAAGAAGAAGCUGGUGUAGGAAGUUCCAGGGCAGUCAUACAUGGCAGUGAUCGCGUAGAGAUCGAUCCAGUGUCUGUUGUGUAACUGGUGUAGCAGUCUUGUUUACGGUCGGCAAUCGAGGUAAUGUAACAGCUAGUAUGAAGACAUUAGGGUGUUGUUUGUUGACUAUAGAUUGUGCGAUUAUCUCUAUAGUAGACAGCACUCGGUAGCGGUGUUGUUAUUGCUCUUGUGCUGUAGUUUGUUCUAUAUGUACUACCACAAGACCAAAUCAAAUUUAUACUGCACCAGUG